CCCUGGUGGAGGAAAAAUGUAGUACAUGAUGACGAGUGUUUUUGGCAAAGGUGAAAGCGCGGUCUGUUCACAUGGUGGUCGCCUGGCUGGAGGUCAUAUUCAUGAUCCAUCGAGCUUUUCCUGUCUCAUGCAUUAAAUAGGUCUCCUUUUUCUGUCUUAUUCGUCGAUUUUGAUCAUCUUGUUUACAUUUCACCUGAAAGUGGGUCGCCCAGAUCUUAUCUUCAAUUCAGGUAGAAAGAACAUGAUCAAGAUGCCGACUUUUCUCUCGUUCUCGUGGAAGCAUCUUCUGAUCAUGCGUUUGACGUUUUUUCUCGCAACCUGGGAUGCGCUAGUACACGCCGGUCACGCGUCGCCGCUACUGCGCGCUGGUAGCAGGGCAUCCCGAGAUGGCGUUUCAAGAACAUUCAGUUUGCAUGCUCCCUGUAGUUGUUGUAGGACCACAAGCACCAGCGACGUUUCUCCUUGUUCUAGACGAUUGACGACGCAUCUGCAGCCAUUGAUGCGACUUCCUAUAGGAGCUUCUUCGAAAGUCUGGAGGAGUUAUUCGUCAUGUUCUUCCACACCUUGCGGAACAACCUCAACAGCAUGUUGGGCAACAACUGCAGCGCCACGGAAUAUGUUGCUCCGUAGCACCUCCGAUGUUCAGGCUCUCCUUAAUUCCAAUGAUGUUUUGCCGACGAGUCCGACUGGUUGUUCAUCAUCUACGUCCUCCACGCCAGCAUUGGAAGCUAUCCACGACGGCCCUGAAGACGCAGUUCGCCCCGCGGAUACUGUUGACGAUGAAGGAUCAAUCAAGAACACGAGUAUCAACACAGUGGACGAUGCAGACGACAAUGAUGCCCAGAUGAAUAACGAAGCCUCGCGUGAAGAUAUCAGUGAAGAUCGUAUUGACGGUCCGCGCUUGAUGGGUUCUAUUGUCGAUCCAUUUGACGAGGACUUCAUGGACUCGGACUUCGUGGAUGGCGAUGACGAGCAUCCACUGAGAGAGUGAUGAGCACGAGUCUCUAGGAGAGUAAUGAUGGUUCCAAUUUCCGACUUCCUCCACUCUCUCCUAAUUUAUUACUUGCACUUGUAGUUGUAUUUUUCCUCUACCUCUUCCAACAUAUCGAUAAUUAUCUAAGUACAUUUGAUCCAUUUUUCUGAUGCAUGGUGUUGAUGAUGUGUUGAUUUCGUGUAAUAAAGCACAUGAUAGUUGUGACAUAGAGAUAGAAGAAGAUCUUUUGGUACUUCUAACGCGAUAGAGACUAUAAGCGAUGCAAAAUAUUGAUCGUCUUCUAAUGGACUUAGAAGAAACGACCAGCAGGUCUUGAGUUGUUAUAGUUGAGUUUAGUCAAAAUAGUAACGUUCCUGCUUACAACAUACUUCUUACAUAGUCGAUAUUUUCCGGAUGUUUUUCCAGCUUAUUAUAUUAUCUUCCUGAUCAACUACUUUUUCUCCUGGCUGCAAGAACUACCUUUUGACGAACAAUCUAUCCGUAAAUCUGAACGACUGGAAACAACCUUGUGGUCUUCGGAAUCAGAAUUUCACACUCAAAAUCCAAAUCCCAGUGUCAGCGCUUGUGAAGAUCCCUGCACUUCUUGCACUUUCUGUACCAUGUGGUGUUUUCUCGG